GUUUGAGAGCACUAUUGGUUACUAUAUAUCAUAUGGAUAUGCAGCAAAUAUGAGCAUAAUGGUGAGAAGAGGAACAUGGCAGUUACACAGUUUGAACCAGCUGAUGCCAGAAGAUGCUUUCCUUGUUGGGAUGAACCUGCUUGCAAGGCCACUUUCAAGAUUACAUUGGAUGUGCCUUCCGACCUUGUUGCUCUUUCCAACCUGCCAGUUGCUGAAGAAAAAAUUGAUAACAAUCUCAAAACUGUUUCAUAUCAAGAAUCACCAAUCAUGUCAACAUAUUUGGUUGCUAUCGUUGUUGGUUUGUUUGAUUACGUGGAAGAUCAUACUCCCGAUGGGGUAAAAGUCUGAGUGUAUUGUCAAGUUGGCAAGGCAAACCAAGCGAAAUUUGCACUUGAUUUUGGUGUGAAAACUUUGGGACUAUACAAGGAUUACUUCGACAUUCCUUACACCUUGCCAAAAUUGGAUAUGAUUGCAAUACCUGAUUUUGCUGCUGGAGCCAUGGAGAAUUAUGGUUUGGUUACAUAUCAGGAGACUUUUUUACUCUUUGAUGAUCAGCAUUCUUCUGUUGCUAACAAACAGUGGGUUGCAAUUGUUGUAGCUCAUGAACUAGCACAACAAUGGUUUGGCAAUCUUGUUACAAUGGAGUGGUGGACCCAUUUAUGGCUGAAUGAGGGUUUUGCAACAUGGUUGAGUUACUUAGCAGCCGAUGACUCGUUUCCUGAGUGGAAAAUAUGGUCUCAAUUUCUUCAUGAAUGUGAGGCAGGUCUUAGACUGGAUGGGCUUGCCGGAUCCCACCCAAUUGAGGUGGAGAUAAAUCAUGUUCGCGAGAUUGAUGAGAUAUUUGAUUCAAUAAGCUAUAAAAAAGGUGCAUCUGUUAUUAGGAUGCUGCAAAGCUAUCUUGGUGCUGAAAGCUUUCAGAGGUCACUAGCUUCAUAUAUAAAAAGGCAUGCUUGUUCAAAUGCUAAAACUGAGGAUCUAUGGGCAGCACUUGAGGAAGGAUCUGGUGAACCCGUGAAUAAGUUAAUGACCACAUGGACUAAGCAGCAAGGAUAUCCUGUUGUAUCUGUUAAAGUCAAUAAUCAGAAUUUGGAGUUUGAUCAGUCACAGUUCUUAUCAAGUGGUGCUCAAGGGGAAGGCCAAUGGAUUGUUCCAAUAACACUAUGCUUUGGCUCAUAUGACGUCCGCAAAAAUUUCCUCUUCCAAACAAAAUCUGAAACGCAUGAUGUUAAAGAGUUACUCGGUUCCCCGAUUGCCGAAGACAACAAAUCUUGGAUUAAACUUAACGUGGACCAGGCUGGUUUCUACAGGGUCAAAUAUGAUGAGCUGCUUGCUGCUAAACUUAGAUAUGCAAUAGAGAAACAAUUAUUAUCUCCAUCAGACCGGUUUGGAGUUUUGGAUGAUACAUAUGCACUCUGUAUGGCUCGCAAAGAAUCAUUAACCUCCUUGCUUAACUUGAUGGCAGCUUAUAGGGAGGAAGAUGAUUAUACUGUGCUCUCUAACCUGAUAUCUAUAAGUCAAAAAGUUCAACGUAUUGCAGCUGAUGCAGUUCCGGACUUACUAGAUUAUUUCAAACAGUUUUUUAUCAAUGUUCUCCAGUACUCUGCAGAGAGGAUUGGUUGGGAUCCUAAACCAGGAGAAACUCAUGAUGAUGCGUUGUUGAGAGGAGAAAUUUUGACUUUCCUUGCUAAAUUUGGACAUGAUCUGACACUGAAUGAAGCAAGCAAGCGAUUCCAGGCUUACUUAGAAGACAGAAAUACUCCACUUCUUCCACCUGAUAUAAGAAGGGCAGUUUAUGUGGCUGUAGUAAAACAGGCAACCAAAUCUAUCCGGUCGGGUUAUGAAUCACUUCUGAAAGUAUACAGAGAAACUGACCUAAGUGAGGAGAAAACACGUAUUCUGGGCUCACUGUCUUCUUCAUCUGAUCCAGACCUAAUUCUUGAAGUUCUUAACUUUAUGUUAUCUUCGGAGGUUAAAAUUCAAGAUGCUCCUUGUGGACUCGGUGUCAAUCGGGAGGGAAGAGAUGUGGCUUGGGCCUGGCUUAAGGAAAAUUGGGAACACAUCUCAAAAACUUGUGGUUCUGGAUUUUUAAUAACUCGCUUUGUCAGUGCAACUGUCUCACCGUUUGCUUCCCUUGAGAAUGUUGGCGUUAGCUGUUAUCAAGAUUUUAGGAACUAUAAUAGGAAUAUAGUUAUUAAUUGUUAAUUACCAUGAUUUGGCUAUAAUUAUUCUGAUUUACUUAUAAUUAGAAAUAGAUUUUCUGUGUAUAUAAAUAUAACCUAUUCCCUCCUUGUAAUACACGAUUGAAAUAAUAUGAAAAUUGUAUAUCAGUUUAA